UAAGAGCGGAUAUCAUUUUCUGUGCGUUUAAUUGGCGGCAUAGUUUUGAGAAUCAUUUCUUUUUCUAAAGACAAGCGCGAACCCAAAAACGAAACUCGCGAUUACACGUUACACACAAUUAAAAUUUUUGCACGUUUUUAGCACAUAAACCGAUUUCCAAUUGAGUGAAACAGUGCCAAAAAUUUCGCAUAUUGCCCAACUAACAUCGCCCAAGAUGUCAGUGCGACCUGUGUCCCCGAAAGUUUUGUUGGACAUAAGCUACAAACCCUUGCCCAACAUCAUGGAUUUACAGCACAAUGUCAUAAAAUUGAUAACGGUAGACCAACAGGCGUACAUGCACCAGAACAUGCAACAGCAUCCCAUGGAUCAACAAAACCUCUACGGCCAACAGCAGCAUGGACAGCAGUUGCCCCACAUGAACAUCAAUGGACGGCAACACCACUUGACGGCCAAUGGUAACAAUGACUAUAUGUGCUAUGGCGUUGGCCCCGAUCACGAAGAUACCGACUACAAUAUUCCCAGCAGUGAAAUACUCAGCACCAGCAGCAACAGUGCCAGUUCCACGCCCAAUAGUCAAACCCUUGGAUCACCUGAAAUGAACAAUAAUAAUAAUAACAACAUCACAUUCGGUCAUCAUGAACCGCAGCAGUAUCACAUCAACGAGAAUGGCAAACGCAGCCGGGAAUAUGAUUGUGGCGGUGCCAACGACUUAAUGCAGGAUAGCAAGAAGUUGCAUAUAAGCCCUUUACACCCGGCACAGGCACAACCUCAUCAACACAUGUCACAGCACUAUAUCCACCAAGCCGAUCAGAAAUUCUUUGUGGAGUACUUGCCGACUACCGUGAAUGAGGUGAAUUCUACAAUGCAAGGCAGUGGCAGUGCCCCUGUCGGUGGUAAAAUGGAUCUCCAAAAUUGUGCAACCUCACCGCAAUUCGAGUUUGUCGACGAAGAAAUGGGGGAGAGUAGUGAGGACAAUUUCAAGCACAUUUUUCGGCAACAGCAACAACACCAACAGGAACAAGUACAGCAGCAACAACAACGGAUAAAUUCCACAUUAGCCAUGAAUCCGCAUCACAAUGCCUCAUCCACCUCUGCCGUCGCCAUACAUUCCUCCAACCCCACCAUCACAACAAGUGGUUUCGAGCAAUACGAAACAACGGGAUCUCUAAACGGAAGUACAUACUCCAGCUCGGAUCGCGAUGAAAUGGAAUACACACGCCAAUCAACCGCCUCUGGCAGCAGUUACCUUUUUCCCAAUGAGGAUGAGCUAAGUGGUGCCGGCGGCGAUACCAAUGACGGCAGCAAAGAAUUUCGCAAACCUCGCCGCCGCACGAAACGCAAGGCAAGCAAAUCCGAAGAUACCGAGGACUUUCAUACCCAGCGAAUCAUGGCAAAUGUGCGGGAACGCCAAAGGACCCAAAGUCUAAACGAUGCUUUCAAAUCCUUGCAGCAGAUCAUACCUACCCUGCCCAGUGACAAGCUGAGCAAAAUACAAACUCUCAAACUAGCAACCAGAUACAUUGACUUCCUGUGCCGCGUACUGUCCACCAGUGAGAUCGGUCUGCUGAAGGCUUUGGAUGCCAAUGGCAUGCAAGGCAAUGGCUUCGCCAUGGGUGCGGCCUCCAUACUCAACGAUGCCGAGGCGGACCUAAAGAAUCUGCGGAGAGCCGCCGUGGCCCCCAUGAUUCCACCAGAGAAACUGAGUUAUCUAUUUGGCGUUUGGCGAAUGGAAGGCGACGCCCAGAAUAGCAAAUCCUAGAUCACCCCAACUGCAACUGCAACUCUACGAGUCCGAGCCAUCUGAACUUCCAGCAAAAUGCAACUCUGUGCUGCACAGUGCGACACUUGUUAUACUUUCCAUUUAGUAUUAACUAUUUUAUACGAGCAAAACCACUUAGUCUUUAGCGAUGUACAUACCUAUCUAUGAAUAUGAAUAUUUUUAAGUCACACCCACCCACACCAUCCCCCUCUACAACCUAGCCAUUUUCAUGUUGUAUGAUCUAAGUUGAGAUACCUAUAUCCAUUAAAAUAUUUUUUAUUGCCUUUUUUAGGAAUUUUUAGCUUGUAAGAUUUUUAUAUUUAUAUGAUGUGAGGAAGAUACUGUUCGGCUAUGUGUUAUUACGAUUUAAGUUAGCGAGUGCCGGGGAAGGGGGUCCGGCAAGUUUUACUAUGUGAAACGAAUACCCCUAAUGUUAGUUUAAACUUUAAUGCCGUUAUGCCGCUUUCUUUGAGGAAAUCAUUGUCCAACACCAGAAGAAACAAAACAACGCAUAAACAAAUGAAGCAAAGAGCGAGAGAGAGAGAAAAAGCGAAGCAAAACAUAUACAAAUAAACACAAACAGAAUUGUUAACACGCAAA